CAUUUGACUAAUACAUAGUUAAUCUCGCAAAUCACUGAAAAUCACUUUAUCCGUUAUUGAAAGGACAUACUCAAUAAACUAUUCAUAUUCGCCAUUUAUCUAUCGUCAACAAUAAAACAAAACACUUUUUUUCAUGCACGGAUUUUCUAUUGUUUGCGGGUAAUGUUUUAAAACAAUGGGGAAUUUCUACUUCGUAGGUAAUUCAGAACAAUACCGAAAACAUGAACGGACGAACUGGGCAAUGUAUACUCAUGUUGUGAAAUAAUGAGGAACAUAUUAAUAAAACUAUGUAUUUAUACCGAAUAAAAGUUUCCGAAGAUGUUGAUUUCAAAUAAGAAUGGAUUAGUUUCAAUUGUUCUGUUUCUAGGAGUGCAUUUAUUUAGAAAAGGUGAUGGCGCAUGCAUGUGGCCAACGGAGUUCCGAGACUCCCAGUUUUACGACAGCUCCCGGGGUGCCCUCACAUUCUUCACGACCACCAUGGAAGGCUGGGCUUUCGAGCCGACAGCCGGUUCUGGUGAUGUGUACUCGAGGUGGGAAUGUCUGUCCGCCAGCGCGUUCUCGUCCUCUGGUGUCAUAAUGAUGGUAACCAAUCAGACGUUUCCCCUGUUCAGCCAACAGUACUACGCCUACCUGUGUAUCACCAUUACCUCCGUGACCUCCGCCUCGUACAUGUACUACAUUAACCAUAGAAUAGAGACGAACUUAAAUCACGAGCGGCUGUUCAUAUACCCAGUGAACAGCCUCACGGACCAGGGAACAAUCUGCUCAACAAACUUGGGGUCUUCCGGUGGAGAGUACCAGAUGCUUGUACGGAUAGGAACUGAACAACAAGCAAAGGUCGACUGCCCCUGGCCGCUCCUUGGUCGCUAUGGCUACACGUAUACUACGUCAUCAGGUGAUACGUCAUGCGAUCUGACAACUUCCGAUCUUGGCGUCUGUUCAGAUACGCAACAAUUUACCUUUGAUUACACCGCAUGCUCAACCAGAGUCUCAUAUUCACAGUCGGACACAGUAUGGUGUGUGAACACAGUUUCCGAUGGGGACACAAACUACGUGAUGUUGUUUAACGGCAACGACAAUGACGCCUUGAUUGACAAUGUCGAUUUCUACAAAUUUACGUGCAUGGCAAUAUCGGAUGAUAGCAGCGCAGCGUCCGUGGCCCCAAUGUAUUGUCGACCAAACCAGAUUCCGACAGACUUCGCUCAGACAGCAAGCGGUAAUAAUCUUGGUUCAAAACUGGAAUUUGGCGCAGCAAAAGAGACCUGCCGUAAGUAGCGUUUGGUUAUACUUUUUUAUCAAAUAUAAACUUCUUAUUGUUUUUGAAAGACGGUUCACAAGCCUAAUAAAUAAUCACUAACGAUUAGUCGUAAACUUGUUGGUUUAAAACAAUAUCUAU